CUCUUCUUCUCUGAUUGUGCGACUUGCCUUGGAGAAAUGUUCUGUUUCCUGCACCAGGCUAGAGACAAGUUGAGAGCGAGAAAGAGGGUUUGCUAGCUGUGCUCUCUGUUAGAAAGGAAAUUGACGGUAAAGUUACAAUUUAGUACGACCAAAAUAAUAGUUAUUCAAUAGUAUAGAAGAUACGGAUUCACUUUUAAUUGCACAUACGAGCAUUUUUACGUGUAGCCUAGACAGGCACACCGUAGGUUUUUGCAACGAAGAGGCAGAAGGGAAAGGAGAAAGGCUAUUCUACCCCUUCGUUUGAAACCGUUUAAGCUAACCUACCUCCAGGAUGUCGGAGCGAGGAGGGCUCCCGCGGACUGGAGGUGCCCCCUCCCCGCACUUGCAACCCUCCAAACCGGUCACGAUCACCUCGAAUCGCCCUGUCCACAUGAACCUAUACGCCACCUGGGAAGUGGACCGCUCUUCACCAAGCUGUGUGCCGAGGCUGUUCAACCUGACCCUGAAAAGCUGAUCAUGUUGAAGGAGCUGGACAAAGACCUGACGUCUGUGGUCAUCGCUGUCAAACUACAGGGUUCUAAGCGUAUCCUGAGGUCCAAUGAGAUCUUGUUGUCUUCAGCGGGACUGACAGAGACAGACCUUCAGCUCACCUUCUCUCUACAGUACCCCCACUUCCUGAAGAGAGACGCCAACAAGCUUCAGAUCAUGCUGCAGCGUCGCAAACGCUAUAAGAACCGAACCAUCCUGGGCUACAAGACACUGGCGCUGGGUCACAUCAACAUGGCCGAGGUGAUGCAGCAUCCCAGUGAGGGGGCCCAGGUGUUGGGGCUCCACAGCCAGUUGAAGGAUGCCUCGGUGCCCGUGGCAGAGGUCAGGGUCUACUCCCUCUCCAGCCAGCCCAUCGACCACGAGGGACCCAAGGCCAAGAUGUCUGAUCGUUCUCCAGACAUUGAUAACUAUUCUGAGGAAGAGGAGGAGAGCUACUCUUCAGAACAGGAGGGCAGUGACGACCCGAUCCACGGCCAGUAUCUGUAUGACGAAGAGGAUGAGGUGAGGAAGAAGAAGCCCAGACGGAAGCUCACCUCCAACGCUUCCAUCACUAGACAACCAAACAUCAAGCAGAAGUUUGUGGCCCUGCUGAAAAGGUUCAAGGUUUCUGAUGAGGUGGGUUUUGGUCUGGAGCAUGUAUCUAGUGAACAGAUCCAGGAAGUGGAGGAGGAUUUAGAUGAGCUCUAUGACAGUCUGGAGAUGUACAACCCCUCUGACAGUGGACCUGAGAUGGAAGAGACGGACAGCAUCCUCAGCACACCCAAACCUAAACUUAGGCCGUUCUUUGAGGGAAUGUCCCAGUCCAGCUCUCAGACGGAAAUCACCAGCCUGAACAGCAGAGGAGGGAGCCUGGGACGAGACGCCUGCUUCAGCCCUCAGGGGGAGCAGCGGCCUGUGGAGAUGAAACACUCUCGCAGUCGCAACCUGGAGGCGGAGACCCUCUCUGAGACGGACACGCUGGAGUUGACGGAUCAGGAGAUGUUUCCGGAGGGCCCCUGCAUUACGGUGUCGGGGGCUGAGAAACCUCGUACGCCCCUGAAGAGCAGCAAGAGUGGAGGAGGACAGACCAUGCCCUCCCCCAGGCUGGACGGCAGAGGCCCCACCCCCAAACAGAAGAGACAGAGCAGUACUCCUAUGAAAGAGAGACAGCUGUCUAAACCAAUCAGUGAAGGGGGGAGGACCAACAGCUCCGAUAGCGAGAGAUCCCCCGAACUGGGACACUGCUCACAGGUCCUGAGGAAGGCGGUGUAUGAUCAGCUGAACCAGAUCCUUCUGUCUGACGCGGCUCUGCCUGAGAGUCUCAUCCUGGUCAAUGGCACCGACUGGCAGGGCCAGUAUGUGGGGGAGCAGCUGCAGGUACAGAGGCACCCGGUGGUGUGUACCUGUUCAGGAGCUGAGAUCCAGGCGGUGCUGUCUGCUGUCCUCACACGCAUCCAGAAGUUUUGUAACUGUAACUCGUCCAUGCCCAGGCCGGUCAAGGUGGCAGUGGUGGGUAGUCAGAGCUACCUUGGUGCCAUCCUGCAGUUCUUUGUCACACAGUUGGCAAGCAAGACCUCUGAUUGGCUCAACCACCUGAGGUUCCUGGUGGUGCCCCUGGGCUCUCAUCCUGUUGCUAAGCACCUGGGUGCCAUAGACAACCAUUACAGCUCUGCGUUCUUAGACGGGGCGUGGAGAGACAUGUUCAGCCGCUCUGAACCCCCACAGACAGACCUGUUGGACGUGGCCGGUAGGAUCUCCCAGUACAUCAGUGGAGCCACCGUCACACACCAGCUGCCCAUCGCUGAGGCCAUGCUUACCUGCAAACACAGGAUGCACGAUGAAGAUUCCUACCAGAAGUUCAUUCCUUUUAUUGGGUUGGUGAAGGUUGGUCUGAUUGAGCCAGACACUUCCUCUACAGGAGACACAGAAGAGGGCGUGGCAGUGAGCUUGGCUGUUCCCUCUACGUCCCCUCCCUCCCACGGCUCUCCCACUGGGCUGAUCAAAGAGGCUGCCACUCCCCCCUCCUCUCCUUCUAUGAGCAGUGUUCUCGCAGUCCAGGGGAGCCCCAGUAUGUCCCAAGGUGUGGACGCCAUUGGGUUGCAGGUGGACUACUGGCUGGCGUCGCUGGCGGAGAAGCGCCGAGAAGGCGAGCGGCGUGACACAGGCUGUAAGAACACCCUGAAGAGUGCCUUCAGAUCCCUGCAGGUCAGCAGGCUACCAGGAGGGGGCAGCAGUGAGACACAGGCCCAGGUCGGCACCAUGGCCAUGACCGUGGUCACCAAGGAGAAGAACAAGAAGGUUCCCACCAUAUUCCUGGGUAAGAAGCCGAAGGAGAAGGAUGUCGACUCUAAGAGCCAGGUCAUUGAGGGUAUCAGCAGACUCAUCUGUUCUGCCAAGCAGCAUCAAACCAUCCUGAAAGUGUCCAUAGACGGAGUGGAGUGGAAUGACGUCAAGUUCUUCCAGCUGGCUGCCCAGUGGCCCACCCAUGUCAAGUAUCUCCCUGUUGGACUGUUUGGUUACAACAAACCCCCCUCCUAGGGUCCACCCUUUACCCCUCGCCCCACUCGCCUCGCCCAAUCCCGUCCCACCUACGCACACAGACCCCGCCUCUCAGAAUGCCGUGGCGACUAAUAUUGGUCAAUUACGACGAAGGGUUGAGGGGCCGAAUGUAUUUGCUAUGUUUGUCUUAUUUCUCUAUAGCAGGGAGGGGGAGAGAUGGGUUGGAUAUGGGGUGCAAUGUUACUAGUCACUUUAAUGAAUUGAAAUGCCCCUCUCUCUGUCUAGCGUGUGUGUAUGAGGGGCCCACAGCACAAGAUAACGGACUGCCGUUCAACUAAUCCUGACGAUGAGAUGCACCCGCAUGAAUAACUCCCAUUACUAGCCCUGACCCUUGACCCCUGACAUCUGCCCCUUUAACCUUUAACCUUGACCAGGUAGUUCUCUUUUCACCUUGAACCUGCCCGGUGUCACCAAAGGCCAACCUGCAUGCUGUACACUACACCACCACGUGCCAGUUAUAACAAGAGUAUCAUAUUAUGACAUGUUAUAACAGUAAUGCCAUGGUUAUUAUGGGGUAUGGAGGGGAACUUGGGAUCCAAACAUACUGUACAUGUGCAUGAAAUGGAAUGAACAAGAGACAAUACCUACAGUAGCAAUGCUUUUCCUGCUCCCUAAUUACAUGAAAAUGCUUUUUUUCUCACCAAUGAUGUACAGUAAGUUGACAUGUUAUGCAUAUGAAGAGCAGAAAAUAUAAGAAAAGGCUCAAGUUUUUUUGUAACGACGUUUUAACUCUGUGUACAGCGAGGGCGCCAACUUAAGAGCUCACUGUUUGCCCCAACUUUACUGAGAAGAGGCAACAUUUCUGCUGUCUGUAAGGCUUGUCCCUUUAUCAAUCUCAGUUGUUGUUGUCAGCGUUGCUCUCUUGAUGCACCCUCCGAUGUAUAGUCCUCCUUCUGCUUGUGGACGUCUAGUAUAUCACCUGUGUGGGGCUGUUGCAUUCUGGGAUUUGUAGGCUGAGGCUCGUGCCGAGGUUAAAUUGGGUGACAGGAGCUGUGACCGUCAUCUUCAUAUUUUGCGAUGCACUUCCAGUAACUCCUCCCCGAGCGCUAUAGUAGCUAGGUAUCCUACUCCAAAGCACAAUGUCGCACGCUACUAGUGACUUUUUAUCCCUGUCUUUACCUGUCAAGGGUUGCAAAAAUCCGGUAACUUCCCCAAAUUACCAAGUUUUCCAGAAAUUCCUAGUUGGAAGGUUUCUGGAAUUAGGAGGGAAUAAGUAGGAAAUCAGGAAUCUCCCGACCUGGAUUUCUGGAAAACAUGCAUUUUCCAGCCCUGCCUGUGAUAGACGGGCAGCGUUCACUCCACCGAAAUGGUGGUGUGUUGUGUCUAGGGUGUCGUGAGGUGUCCAGUGACAGGUGUGUUAUUACGUAAUGUGGUAAAACGAGAAACAAUAUUGAAAUAUCUAUGAAACCAAUUUUCUAAGUAACCCACGCGACACAGUAUGAUUGUUUUGUGUGUGGCCACGUGUUUGUGUCGAGAUGUGGUCAAUAUCGCUUUAUGAGUUCUGAAGGCUGCGGCAGCGGCCAGAUGUUUGCCUUGUAGACUGACACAAAGAUAGGUGACACCAAAUUACCUUUUAAGAGCUACUAACAGCUCUGGUGCUUUUAAGAAAAACUGAAGACAAAUAAUUGGUAUCCAAAGAAUUUGACUUAAAAUAAUUGAUUUUCAAUUUAGUAGCAAAGUCUAUGGUCUAUAAUGUACUUGCAAAGUACCUUCAAAUUAGUAUAUUUUGAAUGAAAUGGCAAUGUGUUGUAAGCAAAACACCAGUCCUCUUGCUGUCUAAAAUGAAAGCUAACGAGUGUUGAGUAGCUUAGCCUUGUGUCACCUACAAAGUAACCUUCCCCAUCUGUGCGGAGUGAAGUAUUGUGACAAAUAUCAAGUAUUACAAUGUCAAUGUCUUGCUUUUUGCUGUUAUUAAGAUUUUCGGGGUAAUUUAGAGGUAGGUUUUUCGGCUUAGGUGUAACAGUGUUAAAAGUUGUGACGUCAACACCUUGUGUAACUCAAAUCUGGCCCUGUUCUCUUUUUUGGGGGGGGGCUCGUACAAAGGAAGGUUUUUGCACCAAGGGCUUCAAACUGAUUGAGAGCAUAAGUACACAGCUAUGCAUGUUCCACAAAUAAGUCUGAAUGAUAGAAUGUACAGAUCUCAAACAACAAGGAUGUAUUUCCAACAAUCAUUAGAGAUAUCAUCUGAACUUAAUUUGAAUGUGCAGAUAAUGUUCAUUGUUAGUUUCUAUUAUCUCUUCUCAGUCUUGUCGACAAAAGCUUUAUUGUUUAGUAAACAUACAUUUUGUAAGUUUUAACACCAUUUUAUCAGUCCAGAAUAGGGUUGCAAAGGGAGGGUAUAUUACUGGAAACUUUCUAAGUUUGCAAGUAAACUACCACCAUUUGUAACUUUCAAGGAUUUUAUGUAAUUUAUCACAACAUCUAGUGGCCAUUUUGGGUACUUCAGAUUGUCACAGGUGUCUUUCAUUAUCUGUGGCCUAAUCACAUAUAUAAUAUAAUCAAAUAAGAUGAUUUUAAAAUUUAAAAAAUGGAAUGACAAAGCUGUAAAACAUUCCUAAAUAAUAAUUAGUGAAUACCAUUGGUGAUUAAUAUGAGGGUUUCAGCGUGAAAUAUCAACCAUAUCAUUUUUUUUUACACUUCUAUUUAUUUUACUAUGUCAAUAUGCCUUUGUUGUAAAUGUGAUGGCAGUUGUGAAAAAAGUCAAUAGUUUGAAGAGUUGCAGAGUUAAUUAAGAAUAAUGCCAUUGUUGAUUAGAUGCUUUUUAAAAUUCAUUUGUCUAUUUUCUCUUGAUCAGAGGGUCUAUCCACUAGAAACUAAUGGACAUUAUGGACACAGAUAUGACAAAUUAAUACUAUAUAUGAAUUUAAUUUUUUUUAAUUUAUUCAAGUUUAAAUUACCAAAGUUACCAUCGAUUGCUAUAGAUUCCGGUAACUUUUGUAAAUUACUGGUAGCUUUACCCUAGUCCAUAACCACUAGAACAUUUGUUUUUCAUUCUAAAACACAAACACACCAUAAUAAUCUCUCUCAACUCCAUAGUUAGUUGACCUGACUAGGCAGUGGUACUCUUGAAAGCAGACCAUUUAAACCCUGCCUUUCAUAGCAAGUGUCACUGCCCACCAGUCAAGGGCUAGACCCAGACCAAUGCCUUCACGUGGACUUGGACUCUUAAUGCAUAUUUUAACUGAGACUGUAUCCUACUGUAUGAAUGUUAUGUACAACAUGGUUUUAUCUAUGGGAGGGAUGUUUUUACUUAAGCAUAGUGAACUCUACCUGUAGCUACGCUACUCCCUAACCACAGAUCUCGGAUCAGAUUACAAUUACCCCCCCCCCCACCUAGUUCUAACCAUAACCAUUAGGGGGAUUAAAAGAUAUCUGACCCUGUGUCAGUGGUUAGGGGAGAUUUCUUACCGUCUCUGAGCAGAACACAGAGGUCCAAUUUCUCUAUGCCUUGCAGCGUGUUAUUAGCAUAAUAAGGAGUGUAAGAUAUGAUUCCAUUUGACCUGCUGUCUGUUCAUAGGGAGAUCAUAAGCAUUCACUGAAUGGGACAAAGAAAUCACUGCCAAGAUGUCAAAUGUUACAUGGAUAUAACACCAAGCUGAAGCGGAGGGUGGUGUAGAUAUAGGUGUUCAAUGUUUUGUAAUGUUUUUGGUGAUAAAACUUUGUUCCAAAGUAAUAAUUUUAAUGUUGGAAACAUUAUUUUUCCACUAUACAUUCCAAUGUUUACUCCUCUCUCUCCUCUCCCCCGGUUCCCAGCUCAGUCCCUUCUUUCACCUGUCGUACCAUUAAUAUGUUUGUUGUUUUUCAUUCCUUCUUUAGGCCUAUUUGUCCUGUGUGACUGUCUCACUAACUUGUACCUGAUGUAUGCAUACCUGUGUCUCUACCUGCAUUGACCUGUAGUUACUGUGAUGGUCUUUAUGUACAUGACUAACGUAUAGGGACAGCAGUUUUUGCUAACCAUGUGACCUGACCAGGAACAACUCUGGGCCUUAGUUAUAGUCUAUAGAGUACAGGGCCCAGACUGCUUCCUGAAACAGGUCAUAUGGUCCUGAAACACUUCUGUCCUGGAGGGGAAGAACAAUAUGAUCUAUUAAUAUGAAUAAAUCAAUUUAGUGAUCAAUAAUGUCCUUCCUCUCUGCUAUCAUCACAAUGUGUUUCAGAACAAAUGGAGUGAGAGAUCUAGAACAAACUGUAAGAUAUCUAGAGUCUCUGCCAGGAUUCCACAAGUUUUGCUUCUAAUAAAGGCCAUUUUGAAAGGAUCCCUGCUUGUAACAUAGGGUGCUAUCACAGAAGAGAAUCUGUUUUUGCAUAACACUGCUUAGACUACACUUUUGCUUGGUAGUAGUUUGAGGGGAGGAUUCUAAUGCUUGUGCAUUUGGAGAGUAAUUUUGCACAUGCCUUUGUUUCUUCAGCAGCUUUUUUGCCUUUUGUCUAUAAACAGUAAUAAUGCUUGUACAUAUCACAACAGUACUUCUGUAUUGUAUCUUAGUCGUUUUUUUAUUUGAAAUGUUUUGUAGUACUUUUUCAUGAUUAUGUUGUCAAUUAAACUGAUGUGGGAUGGAAAAGUG